AUGGUAUCACUCAAACCUACCUCGAUUCAAAUCCCAUUGACAAACGGUACCACUGGUACCACUGGAGUGAAAACACCUAAAACACCUCAAGAUGAAGCUAUAGCAUUCUUCAGUGGGGAAAGUGAUGGAAGACCAGUACAGGUAUGGGAGUUGGCGUUGGAAGAUGAUGGAGGGCCGGGAGAGGGUAAAGAUUACAUCCGUCUACCUCCCCCGACCCGACCUUACGUCCUUCGCUUCUCGAUCAGACCAGGUACCAAUGUCACUCGAAAUGGUGUAUUGAAGUCUGAUUUCCCCAUGGACGGAGGGGAGUUCAAGAGAGGGGAUUGGAGAGAGAGGAGAUUACCUACCGAUCUGAGCAAACCAGUCCAGAUCGACCUCCCAAUCUCAGCACCCGGUGCCUUUUGCUACUACAUCGAAUACGAUGGCCCCACCCCUUCCUCACCUAGAGUAACAGGUCGAAAAGGUUAUUUCAACGUCGAUCCAAUAAUCUCUUUACCUGAAAGAACACCAUUCUUCACUUCGGAAUCCGUCCAAAAUCCACUAAAAGAUACAAGUGCGGGCGUGGUAUUGCCUAAAUCGACGAACGUUUCAUUGGAUGGUCUGAUCAUUUUGUCAGUAUUGGCCAAAUGGAUGGGAAAGAGUAACGAGUGGGAAAAACAUUUCGAAGAAGCUUCGAGAAGAGGUUAUAACAUGUUACAUUGGGCGCCAUUGCAACAACGUGGUUAUUCAGGUUCACCCUAUUCGAUCAAAGAUCAAUUAUCUUACGACCAAGCUAUAUUGGUCAACAAAGAUGUCAAAGAUGGUGGUGUGGCCGAGAUUGAAAAAGUCGUUAAGAUGGCUAAAGAGAAAUACGGACUUGGAAGUGUCACUGAUGUGGUAUUGAAUCAUAUGGCUUAUGAUAGUCCAUGGUUGGAGGAGCAUCCUGAAGCUGGUUACUCACCUCACAACACCCCUCAUCUCGCCCCAGCUGUCGAAUUGGAAGAUGCCAUUCUCACCUUAUCUUCCAAACUCGCUUCUUUGGGACUACCUACCACCCUCCACUCAGAAGGUGACCUCCAGCAAUUGAUCCCCGCAAUCCGAAAUGCUAUCGAUGAAGUUCGAUUAUGGGAGUACUACGUAUUCGACGUUCGAAGCUCUGUGUCUGAAGUAGGAUCGUCUCUGCUUCAAAAUAACCCUGCUCCUAAACCAUUCGAAGGUAACCUGUCAGGUAAUCAAUCACCCUCGCAAUUAGCCGAAGUACUCAAACACCAAUCGUCAGAAUUGAUCGAUGGGUACAAGGCUUACUCCGCGAGAUAUUGCUCGAGGGUCAAACCUGAGAUCGCUGCUGGUUUCAUCCAGAAAGCGUUCCCCAAUGAAUCACCCGAGAAUCAAGUCAAGAAGUGGGGAGAGGUAUUGGACGUUUUGAAUGUCGAUUUGUAUGCUGAGUGCAAUGAUGAUGUCGAUGCGGCUGUUGAAGGAAUAGUAGGAAGGUUGAGAUUUACGAGAUUGGAAGAUGGUGGACCUAAGUUGGGUGAGAUCAAUCAGGAGCGACCACUUGUCGAGAAGUACUUCACCCGUCUCCCAUUCAACUCCACCACAUCUAAACACCCCAAAGCCUCUCUCGCAUUAGCCAACAACGGAUGGAUGUGGGGUGCAGACCCGCUCAAAAACUUUGCCGAGUAUCCCUCAAAAGCAUACAUCCGAAGACAGGUGAUUGUAUGGGACGAUUGCGUCAAACUUCGAUAUGGUACCAGUCGAGAGGAUAACCCAUGGUUAUGGGACCACAUGAUCAAAUAUACCGAAUCACUCGCUUCGACUUUUGAUGGAUUCAGAUUAGAUAACUGUCAUUCCACGCCUUUAGAAUUGGGUGUGACUGUUAUUGAUGCUGGACGAAGAGUCAAUCCUAAUUUGUAUAUCAUGGCGGAACUUUUCACGGGAAGUCAAGAGAUGGAUUUGAAGUUUGUUAGAGAACUUGGUAUUAACAGUUUGGUCAGAGAGGCUUAUAAUGGUCAUGAUGUCAAGAACUUUGCUGAUCUACUAUGGAGAUUUGGUCUUGGCAAACCCGUUGGCUCAAUGGACGCAGCAUGUCUCUCAUCAUCCGACCAACUCUCCCCACCAUUCGGUAAAGGCCCCAGUCGACCAUGCAUCGUUACUCCCUUACAAGGUUCAGUACCUCAUGCGGUCUUCUACGACUUGACUCACGAUAAUCAAUCCCCAUUCGAUAAACGUACUGCUGAAGAUGCUUUAUCCACCGGUGCACUUGUGACUUUCUCCAGAGCGGCUCUGGGAUCGAAUAAAGGUUUCGAUGACUUGUACCCCAAAUUACUGGACUUGGUUACCGAUAACAGAUUGUAUGAGGUGUCUGAUCCUACCAAGGAGAAUGGUAUUGGAAAGGUCAAGAGGGUUCUGAACCACUUACAUAUCCAGAUGAUGGAAGAGGGAUACACCGAGGGACACGUACACGAGGAAGGACAGUACAUCAUGAUCCAUCGAGUGCACCCCAUCACCCACAAGGGGUACAUGCUCAUUGCUCAUUGCGCAUUCAAAGGGUUCCAAGGAAGAGGAUGGAUCAAACCUAUCAAACUCUCUCGAACCAACAUUUCAUACCUUUUCGGCGCAUCCGUCUCUACCGAUUUCUCUCAAUGGAAAUCUGACCCCAAGACCCACAAAGGUAUUCCAUCGAAGCUCGAAGAGAUCCCUCAACCUAACAUCGUUCAAGGACACGAUAACGAUGGACUUUACAGUGAGAUCAGCAUUCCUGAAAGAUUUGAUCCAGGUAGUAUCAUGGUAUUCUCCACUUCUAUGGAUGAGAUCUACCCGGAUCUCGAUGCCAAGAUCCAAUCGGGAGCGUACGAAGCUUUCUCUGAACUUGACCUUGUCGACUUGAACACCAUCCUCCACCGAGCGGACGGUGAAGAAAGAGAUGCCACUGGUGGUGAUGGUGUGUACACCAUACCCAAUUAUGGUACGCUUGUAUACUGUGGUUUGGAAGGAUGGAUGCACCCCUUGAGAGAGAUUAUGAAGAAUAACGAUUUGGGUCAUCCCCUCUGUGCGCAUUUGAGGGACGGUACAUGGGCGUUGGACUAUGUCGUGAACCGAUUACAGAAACAAAUUGGCGAUCUACCCAGACUUUCCAAACCUUUACAAUGGUUGACUGAGCGAUUCGACCUGAUCAAAUCGACCUGUCCAGCAUUCAUGCGACCUAAAUAUUUCGCUUUGGUGAUAUACGAAGCGUACAAAGCUGCCAGACGAGCCGUUGUGGAACAAUCAUCCGAAUUUAUCUCCUCUGGACAUUCGUUCACCCACGAUCUGGCACUUUGUUCGGUACAGAUGUACGGCUUGGUGAAAUCAGCUAGUAUCAAUCCUGCUAAACCUGUUGCAUCACUUGCUGCCGGUUUACCGCACUUCGCUGCUGGAUGGGCUAGAUGUUGGGGUAGAGAUGUCUUCAUCUCCCUCAGAGGUCUGUUCCUGACCACUGGAAAUUUCCCUGCUGCCCGAGACCACAUUCUGUCAUUCGGUAGUACCCUCAAACACGGAUUGAUCCCCAACUUACUUGAUUCUACGAGAAACCCUAGGUAUAAUUGUCGAGAUGGACCAUGGUGGUUCUGCCAAAAUAUUCAGGAUUACACUAAGAUGUGUCCCAACGGUCUUGCACUCCUUAACGAUAAGGUUAAAAGACGUUUCCCGGCCGAUGAUACUUGGGUAGAAUGGGAUCAUCCACGAGCAUUCGAAUAUGAGAGUUCGGUGGAGGAUUUGGUACAGGAGAUUCUACAGAGACAUGCUGAAGGAAUUGAGUUCAGGGAGUAUAAUGCCGGUCCCAAUCUCGAUAUGGACAUGAGGGAUGAAGGGUUCAACCAGAAGAUCUGGGUAGAUUGGGAUACUGGUAUAAUCUUUGGUGGUAACCGAUACAACUGCGGUACCUGGAUGGACAAGAUGGGUUCAUCUGAUAAAGCUGGGAACAAAGGAUUACCUGCCACUCCAAGAGAUGGCGCGCCAGUGGAAAUCACCGGCUUACUAAAGAGUACCUUGACUUGGGUUGAUGGAUUGGCUAAAGCUGGAAAAUGGCAUUCUAAAGGUGUUCAAGCUACAAUCAAAGGAGAAAAACGAUUGGUCACUUACAAACAAUGGGCGGAUCUUAUACAGAAAUCAUUCGAGAAAUGCUAUUACGUCCCAGCCGACCCAUCUGAAGAUGCCAAUUACGAUAUCAACCCCGGUAUGGUGAAUCGAAGAGGUAUCUACAAGGAUGUAUAUGGCACGCCAAAAGAUAGAGAAUGGAGUGAUUAUCAACUCCGAUGUAAUUACACUCUACCUAUGAUCGUCGCACCGGAACUUUUCACACCUGAAAAAGCCAUUGGGGCCCUCCAGAUCGCCGAUGCGGUGCUGAGAGGUCCAUUAGGAUUCAAGACUCUCGAUCCGUCAGAUUCUCAGUACAGGGGUGAUUAUGAUAACUCGAAUGAUAGUCAUGAUCAAGCGGUUGCUAAAGGAUGGAACUACCACCAAGGUCCAGAAUGGGGUUUCCCAACUGGAUGGUUCUUGAUGGCUUAUCUCAAGUUUGAUAGAAUAGCUGGUGAAGGUAAAAAAGACCCAACCCGAACAAUGCAUUAUAUCUCUAAUAAUCUCCAGAAACACGCUCAUCAUAUUGAUCAUGAUCCUUGGAGAGGUCUUCCAGAAUUGACCAACAGUAACGGUGCGUACUGUUACGAUUCAUGUAACACUCAGGCUUGGAGUGCUAGUACAAUUCUGGAUGUAUUGGAGGAAAUGCACAAAAUUGGUAAACAAUAG